UGUUAGGAAUUUCAAACAUUGCAGUUCUUGGCAAGAUAACUUUUGAACCUAGCUUCGCUUUGAUAAUGUAAGAAACCGAAGUUUCACAGCGAUGUUCAUCAUGAACGGUGACAAAACACUUCUAUUGACUCUGGCGCUGAUUUCUGUCUUCACUCUAGGACACUGUCUAAAGUGUUACUAUUGUGAAUCCGACUCUGACCCGACGUGUAAGGACCCCUUUGAAACGGCGACUGGAAAAUCGAAGGAUUGUGUACUGGACACGAAUAUCACCAAGUUUUUGGGGGAAUUGGUCGAAAAUUGGGAACCCAAGUGUCAGAAGGUGGUCUACGAAAAAGCAGAUCAGUCCUUGUUCUACACACGGGCGUGCUCAUUGCCCGACACUACUUGUGAAAAAAUAAGAAACAUAACAAUAAUAAUGCCUGUGAAAUAUUGCGAUAUGUGUGAUGGGGACAACUGCAACAAGGGCUCCAUUCUACGCUACGAGGCGCUACCCUUAGCUUUGGCCAUCAGCUGGGGUGGUGCUCGAUUGUGGCAGUGAAAAAACAGUUUUUUUAACAUAUUCGGUAAAACUGUUGUUAAAUGUUGGCUACAACGUUUGUGAACUUGUUUUCAGUGCUGUGGUUUACUUUUGAUACUUAUUAUUGGUCAAUUUUUGUGGCUUGCUGAAUAAAUGUUUCAAGAUUUUGUUUUAAGUA